CACACACUCACUCACACACUCACACCUCCCCCACCUCCUCCACACCCCAGCAUGGCCGCGUCCACCAUGUCCGUCUGCUCCAGCGCUUGCUCCGACUCCUGGCAGGUGGACGACUGCCCAGAGAGCUGCUGCCAGCCCCCCUGCUGCGCCCCCAGCUGCUGCGCCCCGGCGCCCUGCCUGACCCUGGUCUGCACCCCGGCGAGCUGUGUGUCCAGCCCCUGCUGCCAGGUGGCCUGUGAGCCCAGCCCCUGCCAAUCAGGCUGCACCAGCUCCUGCACACCCUCAUGCUGCCAGCAGUCUAGCUGCCAGCCAGCUUGCUGCACCUCCUCCCCCUGCCAGCAGGCCUGCUGUGUGCCCAUCUGCUGCAAGCCCGUCUGCUGUGUGCCUGUCUGCUCUGGGGCUUCCUCUCUGUGCUGCCAGCAGUCUAGCUGCCAGCCGGCAUGCUGCAUCUCCUCCUGCUGCAGACCCUCCUCCUCCAUGUCCCUGCUCUGCAGCCCUGUGUGCAGGCCUGCCUGCUGCGUGCCCGUCCCCUCCUGCUGUGCCCCCGCCUCCUCCUGCCAGCCCAGCUGCUGCCGCCCGGCCUCCUGCGUGUCCCUCCUCUGCCGCCCCGCGUGCUCCCGCCCCACCUGUUGAAGAUUCUCAGGCCAGAAGUCCAGCUGCUGAUGGCCACGUCUCCCAGGGCCCGCUGGUCUCAGACGUCACCUCCCUGCCAGUCCUUAGAAGCCCCUGACCUCCCAGCCCAGCCAGCCCCAGCGCAGCUCAACCGCAGAGAAGGAACAGCCCCUCCCACCGCCGCCCAGCCUGGGGUGGGGUCUGAGAUGCUCACUGGCUGCUCUUCACUAUGCUUCCCGGCUGCAGGCCACGACCCUCCGCUGCGGGGGACGGGCCUCCUGACCCGGGUCUCGCACCCAGGAGUGUCCCCCUGUGCUUCUGAGCACCAAUAAAGCUGCUGCGGCCCCA